AUGAUGGAGAGGAAUUACAGCAUCCCAACUGAGUUCAUCCUCUUGGGAAUGACCAGUGCUCCAGAGCUAAAAGUGGUCCUCUUUGUUCUCUUUCUCAUUAUUUAUUUGGUUAUUCUAAUAGCAAAUCUUGGUAUGAUCUUCUUAAUCAGAAUAGAUCCCCAACUCCAUUUGCCCAUGUAUUUCUUCCUCAGCCACAUGUCCUUCUGUGACCUCUGUUACUCCACAGCCAUUGGCCCUAAAAUGCUGGUGGACUUCUUUGCCAAAGACAAAUCCAUUUCCUUCAUUGGUUGUGCUUUGCAAUUCUAUUUUUUCUGUUCCUUUGCAGAUUCUGAGUGUCUACUGUUAGCUGUAAUGGCUUUUGAUCGCUACAUGGCAAUAAGCAACCCUUUGCUUUAUACAGCAAAUAUGUCUAGCCGAGUCUGCUACUUAUUGAUUGCUGGUGUCUACAUGGUGGGGUUGAUGGAUGCUCUUCUGCAUACUACUUUAACCUUCACACUGAGUUUCUGUAGGUCCAAUGAGAUUAAUCAUUUCUUCUGUGAUGUCCCUCCUCUUUUAUUAAUCUCUUGUUCUGAUACCCACAUAAAUGAACUGGUAAUUUUCACUGUCUUUGGCUUCAUUGAAAUGGUCACCAUUUCAGGAGUCCUCAUCUCUUACUGUUACAUAAUUUUGUCUGUGUUGAAGAUACAUUCAACUAAGGGCAGAUUUAAAGCCUUUUCAACCUGUAUCUCCCACUUAACCACUGUUGCUAUCUUCCAGGGUACUAUUCUUUUUAUGUACUUCAGACCAAGUUCUGCCUAUUCACUAGACCAAGACAAAAUGACCUCCUUGUUUUAUACUCUUGUCAUUCCCAUGUUAAAUCCCUUGAUCUACAGUUUGAGAAACAAAGAUGUGAAAGGGGCUCUGGGAAAAUUGAAAAAUAAAAUAUGUUCUUAA